UCACCUAUUUUUUGUAUAGGUUCUUUCGUAACAGAAUUUCUGGUGAUAAUUCUUCGAUAAUUGAGUAGUGGUCAGAUUUGUUCCCUAAACGUGGUCAGUUAGCAAUUCAAUAUUAUAUUUCGAAAAACAUAUUUGAGAAAAGAGUUCAAUGAUAUCUUAUAGAAUUAAUUACUUUUUCACCAAAUUCAGGAAUUGAAUCAACAUUUUUAAAAAUUUGAUUAAUCAACUCUUACAAACAUGAAUAGGUUAUAGUAGUUAUAUGUAUUAAAUCACAGUUUAUAGGUUUAGUUUGAGUUAUUUUAACCACGUGAAUAAUUAUUUUUACACAUAAAUAAUUAGUUAUUUUGAAAGAAAUUUUUGAUAUUCUUGUUGUCUUGAAACAUAUUUCUUACUAGUAUAUAAGGUGAUUAAAAUAUUUUUGAUUUAUGUAAUGAAAAUUAAAUGUGACAAUUUAUAUUGCUUGUCCUGAAAAAUAUCUCAUAAUUUAUUCAACAUGAGUAAAAGAAAACUUGAAGAAGAAGAUAAGACCAAGCAACACAAUGAAAAUUUUUCAGCAGAAAUAAAAAAUGUUAAACGGAUUUUAUCACGUUUGAAAUCAGAUAAGGGUGACAUAUUACCGGGAGGUUUACUAGAUUUACCCAUAAAUAUUACUGUUGAUAAAUUACAAGAAAUUUGUAAUGCACUUCUACAAACUGAAGAAUCAAUACCUUUUGCUUUUUAUGUAAAUAACAUUGAGAUCACAGAUAGUUUAGAAAACAGUAUCAAAGAAAAUUUUAGCAUUAGUGAGGAUGUAAUUGAUAUUAUAUAUCAGCCACAAGCAAUUUUUAAAGUUAGAGCAGUUACACGGUGUACUGGGUCAUUGGAAGGUCAUAAAGAGGCUGUAAUAUCAGUCGCUUUCUCACCAGCUGGAACAUAUUUAGCUAGUGGUUCUGGAGAUACAACAGUAAGAUUUUGGGAUAUAUAUACGCAAACUCCACAGUAUACAUGUGAAGGUCAUAAACAUUGGGUAUUAUGUAUAUCAUGGUCUCCAUGUGGAACUAAGCUUGCAUCUGCAUGUAAAAAUGGUACAAUUUUAUUAUGGAAUCCAAAAACAGGGACACAGAUAGGAAAAGCAAUGUUAGGACACAAAAUGUGGAUCACCUCUUUAUGUUGGGAACCAUAUCAUAAAAAUCCUGAAUGCCAGUAUUUAGUUAGUGGUUCAAAAGAUUGUGACCUGAGGAUAUGGGACACAGUACGCUCACAAACUAUUCGUACUUUAUCUGGUCACACAAAAAGUGUGACAUGUGUUAAGUGGGGUGGUAGUGGCCUUAUUUAUUCUGGUUCACAAGAUAGGACUAUCAAAGUAUGGCGAGCUAAAGAUGGAAUCUUGUGUAGGACUUUAGAAGGUCAUGCACAUUGGGUGAACACUUUAGCAUUGAAUGUGGAUUAUGUACUUAGAACUGGUUCUUUUCAUCUUGGAAAAGAUAAGGAAACAAAUGAAGAUCGCCUAGAAUAUGCAAAGAAGCGUUACGAAUCUGUAGGGGAAGAACUACUUGUUUCUGGUUCUGAUGAUUUUACAUUAUUUCUAUGGAGACCAGAAAAGGAAAAGAAAUUUAUUGCAAGAAUGACAGGACACCAACAGUUAAUUAAUGAUGUGAAAUUCUCGCCAGAUGGUCGCAUAAUUGCAUCUGCUUCAUUUGAUAAGUCUAUAAAAUUAUGGGAAUCAAAUACAGGGAAGUAUAUAACUUCAUUAAGAGGUCAUGUGCAAGCUGUAUACUCAAUCUCAUGGAGUGCAGAUUCCCGUUUACUUGUCAGCAGUAGCGCAGAUUCUACCUUAAAACUAUGGAGUUUAAAAACAAAAAAACUUUGCCAAGAUUUACCUGGUCAUGCAGAUGAAAUUUAUGCAGUGGAUUGGUCUCCAGACGGGUUGCGUGUUGCAUCUGGUGGAAAAGAUAAAGUUUUGCGACUUUGGCAGAAUUGAAUAAUGUAUAGAACAAUACAUUUUUUAAUAUACA